AUGGAUUCGCGUUUGCAUUUGACGGAUUCCCCUCUCACGGCGAUGGACGAGAGGUUAGGUUUGAUCGACAAUAGCCUGGGUUUCUGGGAUGGAAGAUUUGAUGAAAGACUAGUGUUUCUUGCUGCCUUGGAGCACCGGGAGCCGAUGGGGGUUUUCGGCCUACCACCUGUUCGACAAAAUGCCGAGAUGAAGGAAUGCUUGCUGCCAACAAUCGGGGAUCCAGCACGGGACAAUGCUCUAUCUCACUUGCCGUCUCCUGCCAUUCAAGGUACUCGACUGUUUCCACCUCCAGGGUCAGUUAUGCCUUUCUUCUCCGGUACGAGACCUAGAACCUGGGUUAGGUAUUGUGAGGAUUGGUUUAGCGGGACUCCUAUGGCUGACCAUGAAAAGGUUGCCAUGGAAAAGGCCAAUCUCGGUCUUAGUGCCUGGUUGGAUUCUUGUGUGGGUGGCCAAGAUUCGGUUUUUACUAGGAAGAAUCACUCACUACCUGCUGUAGUUGUUCAGGAGACCAUAUUCAAUGUGUCCAAUUUCAAGCUUGGAGUUACAUGUCCUGCUAAGGAAGCUUUGGAGUUCGAAUGCAACAAUUUGUUUCAGCUCGCUUGGGGUGAUUGUCCCAAUUUCAAAGGGCCAUAUAAGGAUGAUGGGAGGAAGACAUUGAAUAUUACAACCCUUGGAUGGCUUAGAGCUGCCAAGGAUAUUGCUUUCAUGGAUUCACCGCUUACUAUUGCAAAUGAUCAUAAUGGAACUAUGGUGGCUUCACCAUCCCUCUUAGUGUUGGCUGAAGAUGGUAAAGAUUUAAGUGCAGCGGCCAAUAAGAACCUGGAAGCUCACAAAGCUGCUUCUCUGCUUGGAAUUGGACACUGUUAUUAGGUUGUUUGACCCAGGAGGAAUGAGGAUAUUGAGUGAUUUCGUUGUUGUUGGAUUAACUCAAGAGCUUCAUCGUCUUGUCUGCAAGGUGUUGGCUUCUUAGUUGUAUGGGGGGUGUCUUGUCUCCACUUCAAAGAACCAUACAAGGAGACUCAGGAUGUAAUGUUGGGAAUUGUUUGGUGUGGAAUUUCAACAUGGCUGGGUGUUUUGGGGUUGUGAUGUAGCUGUGAUGGUAGUUGGUGAGCUUAUGUUCUUGUUGUGCUUGUAUAGGCUUUUGUAGUGUUGUAGCUUGCAGCUUUCCUCCCCUAUGGGUCAUCACUAAUUCCUUCCUGUUAUUGUUUUCAGCUUGAGGACAAGCUGGUUCUCAAGGGGUAGGGAUUGUGGUGAUUAGGAUCAAACUGUAAACAAGAAUUAGUUUGGGGAUCAUUAGGUAAUCGUGUUGUCCUAUAAAGUGGGAUUUUGUUGUAAUUGCUAGGAUAUCGAAUUACAGAACAAGAAAUUUGGUU